AUGGACAAUGAAAGGCCUGUCCGGCUUCUCUCUUUGGAUGGCGGGGGUAUCCGCGGGCUCUCCUCCAUCUUGAUUCUGAAAGAUUUGAUGCGUCAUGUGAAUCAAGAUCGUGAUCCCAAUAGCCAGCUUCAACCUUGGCAAGUCUUCGAUCUCAUCGGGGGUACAAGUACUGGCGGCAUUAUUGCUAUAAUGCUAGGAUGUCUUCGCAUGACGGUCGACGAAUGUGAAGAGGCGUACAUUCGUCUUGCAAAAACAAUUUUCAAGCCGAAACGAUGGAAAUACAACGCCUUCAGCCGUGGGGUCGACUUCUUCUCCGCUAGUGAACGCUACGAUUCAUCCAAGUUGGAAAGUGUUGUCAAAGAAAUCAUCAAAGCACGGACGGGCAGCGACAAGACACCCCUCAGUAAUUUUACUGAGGAUGGUUUCGGCAAAGUAUUCGUUACCACGGUUCAGACAGAUGACAAUGAGCUGCUUUUGCUGCGCUCGUAUGAAACGAGGCAAGAACUCGACAAACACUCCAAACAGUUUCAGCUGUGGGAAGCCCUCCGCGCCACAUCAGCUGCCACAACGUACUUUAAAGAAUACCGUCGUGGCAAUGCCGGUUAUCUAGACGGAGCGUUGAAAAGCAACAACCCCAUUUUCCAAGUCCGUCAAGAAGCUCGAGACCAGUGGCCGGAUAGGGAGGCUUUCUUAAUCAGUAUCGGAACGGGCACCAAGCCGUCGGUCCCUCUCAGGGGGAACCUUAUACACCUAGCAAGAACACUGACCAAGCUAGUCACUGAAACCGAGGAAACCUGGAAUCGGUUCAAGGGGUCACAUAAGGAAAUGUUGAAAGACAGUCUCCUAUUUCGCUACAGCGUCCCCGAACUUGGAGGCGUGGACCUGGGAAACCACAAGUUGAUGGGCAUGGUCCGCACGAAUACGGAACGCCAUCUACGAGAAGCAGCAACAGAGAAAUACGUCACAGCAUGUGCCAAGAAGAUUGUGGAAAUUGAGUCGGGUGAAUAUGCAAAACCUCAUACGGGGAAGGCUUUGGCACUGCGUUUAGAGGACCUGUCAGACUCCGAGAAGAAUUGCUUGCGUAGUCUCAAUGCGACCAGCGGGGAGUACGAAAGCCAGAGGAUCGGUAUUGAGAGGCCUGUCCCAGGGACCUGUCAAUGGUUUUUGCGUCACCCAAAAUUCGCCGACUGGGUGCAAAGCAAAUCGUCCUCUCUUCUCUGGGUAACGGCAAAUCCUGGAUGCGGCAAAUCGGUGCUUGCCAGCUUCCUCGUGGACGCCCUGAGCCAGAACGAAAAACAGUCUAUCGUGUGCUCCUUCUUCUUCAAGGCUGGCGUCGACAGUCGCCGAGACUCUCACCAGGCUCUAUGCGUCCUGAUUCAUCAGCUCUUCGUCGCCGCCCCGGAACUGGUCAACGUAGCGAUGGAGGGUUAUUCUAGCAAGGACAAGUUGUCUUUCACCAAGGAUCUUGAAGCGCUCUGGGCGGUGUUUCACACCUCUGCCAGCCGUCUCCACGAUCGCAAGAUCAUCUGCAUCGUUGACGCCCUAGAUGAGUGCUCUGAUGAGUCUAGGAAUCGCUUCAUCAGCCAGCUCGUCGGGUCGUUCUCAACCAGCAACUCCGAGAAACCUGCCGGCAACCUGAAGUUCCUUGUGACAAGUCGGCCGUGGCCCAGCAUCGAGAGCCGCUUCCGAAACUUGCUUUCAAUCCGAUUACGGGGAGAGAAUGAAUCAUUGUCGUUGUCCAAAGACGUGGAAAGAGUUGUCGAGCAUCGCGUGCGGGAGCUCAAAAUGUCAUCCGCGCUCUCCGAGGAUGCCAGCACAAUGGUCAUCAAAGCUCUGACCGAAGGGGCAGAUCGUACAUUCCUGUGGGUUUCACUGGUAUUUGAUGCCAUUGAGCGUCUCCAGUCGCGGAAACUCAGUUCCAUUAAAAAAUCACUGGGUUCCUUGCCAGACAAUCUUGAUCAGCUUUACGAGAGUGCCUGGGCAGCCUUUGCUGACCACGAAGCCUCACAUAAGUUACUCGGAAUCAUCUUAGCAGCCAACCGCCCUCUAAAACUAGAAGAGGUCAACAUCGCUCUCAGUUCAGGGGUGAAAAUCACAUCUUUAGAAGGUCUGGAGGAAGAGCUCGAGCCGGACGCAGAGUAUACAAUCAAGCAGUUAGGGGGAUUUUUCAUCCGAAUCAUUGACUUCACAGUAUUCCUGGUGCACCAAACCGCACGCGAAUUUCUGCUUGGCUCUAGAGCAGACGCUGCGAGAAAGAAGGGGAAGGCAAGGAUCAACCUGGCCUUGGCCGAGUCUGACUUGGGCGGAAGUUGUGUCAGACUCCUCGCGCUCCAUGGACUCCCGAUGAGACCCAGCUUACCUAUGAGCGAAGUGGAACGAGUCGAGUCCAACAAAGCAUUCAUGGCCGAUUUACCUUCAUGGAUAAGAGGCUUUUACGAGUACGCUUCAAUGCACUGGGCAGACCACCUGGGAGGCAACUCGUUGCCCAAGUCCCAGUCCAGCAUUGGUACAAUCGUGAAAACGAUUUGCGAUUCUUCGAAGCCAUUUUUUCGAGGUUGGUGGUAUUUUUACGCUGAAAGAGGCUUCUUCCAUAUUGGCAAUCAUGCGAGGACUUUGCAUGGCUAUGUGGGUCGUCAUCACGCGCACUACACGACAAUGAGGCAAGACUUUGUUGCCACACGAGGGCUGCUUGAGGCGGGUACGUCCAGCGUGGAGCAACGCGACGCAAACGACAACGAUGUUUUAUACAAGUCAUGCGUUGACAGCUACAGGCCCUUGUGUCAGCUUCAAUGGAUCUUUGAUCGAUACAAUCCCGCAGUACUUCAGGUCCACAAGUCUUUGGCGGCCGCAUCUAAGCUGGGACGAAUGGAGGUCGUCAACUUCUUGCUUGCAACUGGGAUGGAGAUCCAUCCUGCAGUGCAAGGCCCUCCAACGAGGACUUGGUCCCUCACCCAGUCCGCCAUCCACAGCACGCCUGUCCUCAAGUGCCUCCUGGCGCGGGGGUUAAGCGUUCAAAGGGAGGACAUCGCGUACGCUGCUCGCCAUGGGUACGCUGAAGCGUUGGAGAUAUUGCUGCUUCACAAUGCCGGGGAGAAGGAUAUCCAGGAAACUCUCAGAGAAGCCUUGGUCCAAGCCACAGAGAAAGGAUACCCGCGGUGUCGAGCUGUGGUCUUGAAGUAUCUUCCCGACAACGCCGCCAAUGAGCUAGAUCCAUCAGUGGGAUUUUUGUUUGCAGCAAUGCGUAGCGACGAAUCAGCUGUAAAGGAAAUACUCGACCAGGGAGGGCAAAACACCAAGGAGGCACUUAGUCAUUGCUGCGCCCUGAGUUAUAUAACCAUGGCGAAAGUUUUUCUGGAUUCGAUCGUUCAUACUCGAGAGAUCCUUGGGGAAGCUUUGUUGGCCUUUUAUGAUUGCCAAAUGGGAACCGACCUGAAGACUUAUUAUGUCAGGCCUCGCCGGUCAGGCCUCGUUAGUUAA